UAUCGGAGAAAAGUGAUCAUCAUAUACUAAAUUUCAAAUCUGACUGGAGUUAUUUUGAUAAUAUGACUAUAACAAGUGAGCAAGAAGUCGAUGAGGUUCCACUUGCAAACAUUUCUAUCACCCCAGAACCUAUCAAAAGCAGUUUGAGCAAGCCAACAUCUCUCAAAGCAUUUGUACAAUUCGACGAUGAAUUUACAAAAAACGAUAUUUUUGUGACAUUGAGAUGGAAUCAACCUGAGUUUACCGAUGAACCAAUACAAGGAUAUACAGUGAAAUGUUUUAUCGAAAACUUACAAGAGAUUCAAAUCUAUGACGAUAAGAAUAUCACAACUACAAAAUUGGAAUACACGGUAAACAAUCUAAAACCUAACACGACAUAUUAUUUCCGAAUAUGUGCGCAUACUAAAGUUGUUGCUGGUCCUUACGCGGAAAUCCGUGUGUCAACUAUACGUGAAAAUCCAAUACCUAAAUUAUUAAUCUACACGGUUGACGGUUUCGAAAUAUGGGACCAGGAUUCAAACAUUACUAAAUUCGUAUCGAUGGAAUAUGGAUUCACUUACUCGAUACAAGAACAAAGAAUUUAUUGGUAUAACGAUAAACAUGACCUAAUGACAAUGAAAAUUAAUGAAAAUAAUAUCACAAAAAUGGCUAGCUAUGAUAAAGAUCUAUAUGGUCUCUGCAUUGACUGGGUAGCAAGAAAUCUAUAUUUUAUGAGUGAUUAUCAAAAGUCAAGAUAUAUUGUAAAGUUCGACUUAACAAUGUGGGAAAAUGGCAUAAUUAAAUUUGAUGAGAUUAUAGAGAUAAACGCUUAUUAUGCAAAAAUUCGUAUGUUACCGUCUAUGGGACUUUUAUAUGCCGUAUCGCCAAAUUCAUUUAAUAACCAAUACGAUAUGAUGAAAUAUCAUCUCGAUGGAAAAAAUAAGCAAAUUGUUCAAAUAAAUUCGUCUAUUAUGUACUUUUGCCCAUUUCAACUUACAGAACUUAGAAGCUUAACAGAAUACUAUUUACAGUAUACGAUAAUUGAUGACAUGAAUAAUGAGGAGCCGUUAAUUUACUGGUUAACUAACCAUCACGUAAUUGUGACAGACAUUAACGUUUCUAUGUGCAAUACGAUUUUACACAAUAAAAACAUAAACAAUACAAGUGAUGGUAUAAUAUUCAAAUCUAUAACAAUUGACAAAACAUACGUUUACAUUUUAGCAAUGGAUUAUAAUGGUUACUAUCUCUACAUUUUGGAAAAAAGAUAUGCAAGUCUCAAAAGCGUAAAUGCAAACAAAUAUGUUGAAAAGAUAAUAAUAGACCGAAAAGAAGAUUAUCAGACUUUAUAUCAAAUUCACGCUUUCGAUAAAUCUUCUCAACCAUAUCCUCCAAUAAGAUGUUUGACACCUGACGAAAAAGUUUAUAAUUUUGAGAAUGUGACUGCAAUGACAAACAGCAUCAUUGUAAGUCUUCCGGAGCCGGUUGUAAAGAGUGAAUGCAAAAAAUAUAAUUUACCAACUACUAUAUAUACUAUCUCCGUAAGCUGUUUAGACAACAAUCUCAACAAGUCUGAAAAAUUCAAUGUGCUGACGUGCGAGCGAUAUUACGAGAUUCAGAACUUAAUUCCAUUUACAGAGUACAAGUUGAAGUUUACUUUAAGCAAUUUUUACUUUGAUCAAUUAUCAAUAAAUCCAUUCGAUUCGAAUGUGAUAUCAAUAAAAACUAAUUCGGGCAAGCUUCAUGCACCAGAAAACGUAAGUGUUCUAGCUUUGACGCCUACUAUAGCAGUAGUUCAUUGGAUACCACUCAAGAAAGUGAACUGCAUAACCGUGACCUACGAAGUGCAUUGGAAGUCAGAUAUAUUAUUGAACAGCAUGCAACAAAAUAAUAAACAAUUGAUCAAUGUGCCGAAACGUAUGGCAGACGGCAGAUUUUUCACAAAGAUUAAUUUGUCGGUAUCAGUACAAGGUUACUUGAUACAUGUACGUGUGUAUCCAACUAAUUUCAGUGAUUUUUACAACGAGAGUUUGGGUAAGAUCGUUCACAUAUACUCAGAACCAAACAUUAUUAUUUUGAGCGAUGUCAACACAAAUAGCAUGAACAUUUCAUGGAUCUCAAACAUCAAUCUGACGAUCUCUUCUGCACUAGAAUACAAAGACGUUUCAACAGAAAAGUGGCAAACAACGAAUGAUACUAGAACGAAUUAUAACAAGGAAGUAAUAUACCAUAUCAAAAAUUUACAAUCGGGAACUUCAUACCAGUUUCGCUUGAUAUUGAGAUACCUCGAAUAUGAGGAAAAUUUUACAUGGCCGCCUGAUGAAAGAUUUAUUUUUUCAACUCGUGGUAGCAAACGUGAUAUUUCGAACACUCCUGGAAUAACAAAAACAAAAUAUUAUUUACCAUUGAUGUUAAGUUGUAUCAUUACGGUUAUAUAUAUAAUCUGCAUCUGUUUAUAUCAUCGACGCAGAAAUAAUAAUAAGCAACUUUUGCCUUCAACAAUGACCGACAUGGAAUUAGAGAUUCUACAUGAACUACCUUGCCAAAACACUCAAUUGAAUAUGCUUUACAGUCCUAUGUUACAUUAUAAUCCGAAUGAAUAUGCGAUAACUAAAAUCGAACGUAAACAAAUCACAUUAACAAAACCUCUUGGUAGCGGCGCAUUUGGAAAGGUGUUUCAAGGAAAUGUGAAGAACUUAGAAAGAUCGGGCACAGAGAUAUCCGUUGCAGUAAAAACGCUUCAAGACGAUGCUUCUUCCAAUGAGAAAAAGAAAUUUUUAAAAGAAGCCAAGCUUAUGAGUCACAUUCAACAUACACAUAUAUUAAGAUUGUUGGCCAUUUGUGAAGAUGGGGAUUCUCCAUUAUUAGUGUUGGAAUUGAUGGAAACUGAUCUGUUAAAAUAUUUAAGAGAUUGUCGAAAUUUGCAACCGUCAGAUUUGCAUGCCUUGCGUUUGCAGGAUUUACUCGCCAUGUGCGAAGAUGUUGCACGAGGCUGUUGCUACUUGGAAAAGUUGCGCUUCGUACAUAGAGAUCUUGCGUGUCGCAAUUGUUUAGUAUCUUCGAGAAAUCGCGAGAAUCGUGUCAUUAAAAUUGGAGAUUUUGGACUAGCUAGAGAUAUCUACAAGGAUGAUUAUUAUCGCGUGAAAGGAGAAAAUUUGCUUCCUGUUCGCUGGAUGGCACCGGAAUCUUUAAUAAUCGGAAUAUUUUCUUCUCAAAGCGAUGUUUGGUCAUUUGGUAUUUUAAUGUGGGAAAUUACAUCGUUGGGUGAGCAACCUUAUAUUGGCAAGUCUAAUGAAGAAGUGAUAAAUUAUGUACGUGCUGGAGGCAAACUGUCGAUAAAUCUUAACUGUCCGUCAAUAUUAUACCAGUUGAUGCUACGUUGCUGGAGUACAGCGGAUGCUAGGCCAAAUUUCAAAUUAUGUUUGAAAAAUAUUAUAGAAUUAAGAAAGAACAUAGAAGAUGCCUUACUGAGUCCAGUCGAUACUAUUUAGCCGAUAUAAUUAAAUUA